AUGGCGUUCCUCGCCUGCGUGCUGCUACUCGCCACGCUUCUCUCCCCCGCCGCGACCACCGGCACCGCCACCGCCACGGCCCUGGAUGGCGCUCAUAGCAGCAGUGUGGUGACCACGCGCGUGUCACGCGUCUCGCCAGAUGCCACCUUCGUCGCAGAAUUUCGUCGUCCGUCCGUCGCCCGUCGCCUGAGCGACGGAGUGGCGCAGCCAGCCGCGGCGAGCCCGCGACCGGGUGAUGUGAAGCUCGCACCCUCGCAAUUGGCGGCGCUGGUGGCGCUGACGGGGUGGAAAGCGGCCGAGCUGUGCUCCGAGUGGCCGGGCGUCACGUGCGACGACACAGGCAUGGUCACCAACAUACAGCUACAGGACUAUCUCAUCUCAGCGCGCACCACCACCCCGCCUGGACGCGUGCCAGCUGACAUUGCUGCCUUCACCGCCCUCCAAGUCCUGAAUCUGCGUGGCCAGGACCUCUCGGGCCCCAUUCCCACAGACGCAUUUCGCAACCUCACCUCUCUCCAGGAACUCAAUCUGUCCUUCAACCCUUUGAACGGCAGCCUGGAGUUUCUUGCCUUCCUGCCCGCCUUGCAGUACCUCGAUCUGCACGCCACUCAGCUGACUGGGGAGAUCCCAGCUGCCCUUGGCAAUGCCACCGCCCUCUCGUUCCUCUCCCUUGCAGGUACCAACCUCACUGCAUCAGAGCUCCCUGCAUCUCUCUCCGCCCUCACCAAACUCGCCCACAUUGACCUCAGCUUCCUCCAGUUCUCCAGCGUGCCAUCGUGGAUCGCACGACUCGCUCAGCUGACAUUCCUGGAUGUGACAGCACCCAGCGGCCUCACCCCCGCCCGCUCCUCGCCAUUUCCAGCCGACUGGACGGCUCUCACCAGCCUCAACACCCUGAGGGCAGCGGGCAACGGCUUCUCGGGCUCUCUCCCUGCCACCAUCUCAGCCCUCACCGCCCUCUCAGAGCUGGAUCUCUCUUAUAGCGCCCUAGUUGGCUCCGUGCCUGUGCUCCCAUCGUCUCUGCUGUUCCUCUCGCUGAGCCACAACGCCCUGGAGGGCCCCAUUCCUGCUUCGUUCGCUGCACCGAAACUCAUGGAGAUGGAUCUGAGCCACAACCACCUCACAUGGCCCAUGCCAGCGACAUUCACAGGCCUCCCUGCCCUUGCCACCAUCGACAUAUCCAACAACAGCUUCACGGGGCCCUUCCCCUCCGCCAUGCUAUCUGCUCCACACUACAGCAGACUUGACAUCUCUCACAAUCAGUUCACUGGAGUGGUGCCCCCUGCCGUCUUCACCCUGCCUUCGCUAUCGACCCUCUCCAUCGCUCACAACCAGUUGGAGGGCUCCCUGCCUGCUACCGGCCUCUCCUCCUACCUUGCCUCUCUGUACGCACGCAUGUCUGGAGUGGAUCGACAUCAGCAGCAACCAGCUCACCGGCUCCCUGCCGCCCUCCAUUGCCCUCCUCACCUCUCUCAACCUCCUAGUUCCGCCGCCAAUCCCUUCCCCUCCUCCCUCUCCCACCCACAGCGACCGCCGCUGCACACGCGAACAGUCGCGACGGGGUGGGUGACGGGCAGGGGGCCGGGGGAGUGCGACGGGCGGAGCGAGGCGACGGGAGGGAAGAAAACGGGACGGGGGGGGGAAGGGCCGCGACGACCGCCACGGACGCCGUCCCCUUCAUUCCCGAUGCCGCCCCCCCCCCCCCCCCCUUUCCCCACUCUCGCGCAAACUCGGCGGCAGGCGUAG